UUUAUUGGUUGGUUGGUGUGUUCUACAUAUACUCGAUUCUCUCAAGACUCAGUUAUUCUUCGUCAGUUCUUCGGCACACUUGUCCGCGAUCUCAACACUCAGUAUUUACAAUAACACGGUUCAGUUGACAUCGUCGAGUCUUGUUUAUACUGUCGAUAAUUCUACGAAAACGUCAAACAUUCGUAGUUAAGAAGUGUUUUUAAUUUUCAGUAUUGUAAAGAAAGAAUAUCUGUUGUUUAAUAAAGUUUUGUUUUUUGGUCUUGUGCGAUUAUAUGAUAAUUUGUGAGGAGAAUAUUUAAUGGUUGAGAUCCAGGAAAAUUGAAGUUACGUUGAAUUUUACAUACAACUGUUUCAUUAAAUUCGUCAAAACGAGCGGGAGCGGACUGUACUCGGAUCGUAAUUUUGCGGACCUCAAUUUUUUCGUGUAACGUUUUAGGUUUUUUGUACCACCCGCGAUGGCACGCUGGGAUGAAUGGGAUUAUACACGCAAUGGCCCAAGCAAAUGGGUUGAGAUGUUUCCAAUGGCAGCUGGAUCAAGACAAAGUCCAGUAAAUAUUGAGACAAGUCGUGCUGAGUCUGACCAUGAAGCUCUAAGCAGCAAACCACUGCGUUGGAAAUAUGCAUCAACUGCUUCCAAAACAUUAAUUAAUCCUGGAUAUUGUUGGAGAGUGGAUUGUGAUGGUGAUGGAACUUUCUUGACUGGUGGUCCAUUAGUAGACGACGUUUAUAAAUUGGAACAAUAUCAUUGUCACUGGGGUUGCAGUGAUUCUAGAGGCUCUGAACACACUGUUGAUGGUCAAGCAUUUGCUGGCGAGUUACAUUUAGUACAUUGGAACACAACGAAAUAUCGGACAUUUGCAGAAGCAGCUAAAGCACCAGAUGGUCUAGCAGUAUUAGGAGUUUUUCUCAAGGUGGGUAAGACUCAUGAUGAACUCGACAAAAUAUGCCGUCUAUUACCGUACGUUUCGCACAAAGAUGAGGUUGUUGGAAUAGUGGAUUCAAUUGAUCCUAAUAAACUUCUUCCAGUACGUGGUGGACGUGCGGGUCGGUGUGUGAAUCCAUGCAUGCGAUGGACCGUCAAAAUAAUACGAGAAGCUAGCAAUAAAACUAGUUUUCAAGAUGAUAAUGGCUAUUGGACUUAUUUGGGUUCCUUGACUACUCCACCAUGCAAUGAAAGUGUAACUUGGGUUCUUUUUAAAAAAUAUAUUGAGGUCUCCCAUCAUCAACUUAACAUCUUCCGUAAUUUAAGAAAGUUUCCACGUGGUGCUGAAUGUCCAUGUCAUGAAAAUCAUGGAGUGGUCAUCAAUAAUUUCCGUCCACCAUUGCCACUAGGAAAUCGUGUACUUCGUGAAUGCGGCAGUUUUUGAAUUUUUUUUUUUACUAUUAAAAGAAGGAAUGGAAAACUGAUGGAAGAAGCCAUCGCGGGGGGAAGAGGAUUUAUAUACGAUAUAUAUCUAUACAUAUACACAUUUAUGAAUUUAUAUAAAAUAACAAAUUAUUUAACUAAUAUAAUAUUAAUAAUGGAUUAACAAAUUUUAUGAAAAUAUAUUUAUAUAAAAUGAUAAACUUUUAAUAAUUAUAUUUUAAAUGCAUAUUAUGUAAGCAGCUAAGCUUUUGCAAGAUCAAAUAUGUCAAAAAUGAUGUAAUUGUUAUUAUAAGUUUGAAAGAAAAGUUUAAUGAAUGUCUGUAUAACUGCACUAUUUAUCUAUAAUUAUUAUAUACAUAAAAAAGAAAAAUAUAUAUAUACUUA